CAUUGAUUGGUUGGAUUUCCGAUUUCAAAAUGUCCCCGCGACUGUUGGGUAGUGCGUAAUGAAAGUGCUUAUCGCUGAUAAUAUUUUGUAAAGAAGGAACAACAUGAACCGAUAAUUUUCGCGAUAAUUUAAAAUCAAGAAGAUGGAUUCUGCUCGAGGGAGUAAUUGUGGAAAACGAAGCUUUAUGGAACUUCAAACCACUGGGCGUAGAAAGCCAGACAGUACUGAGGAUGAAGGCAUUCUGCCGGUCAAGAAAAAGCUCAAGACAAAACUUGUGGACCUCUUCAACAGGGCUUCAUUAUGCCUCAUGAAUCCAGAGGAUCGCAUGAAUGUGUAUCUGAGGGUCAAACCUUUUACCAAAGAUGAAGAUUCGAGCCAGCAAUGCUUGGAGGUGGAACCUGAUGGACAAGCUGUUGUUGCCACAGCCCCGGCAACUAGCCACUCAUAUAAGAGUAUGAAGCGGGGACUGACCAAAGCGUCUCAUAGGUUUACAUUCUCCAAAAUUUUUGGUGCAGACACAAGCCAAAAAGAAUUCUUCAAUGAAACCAUGCUGGGCAUGACAAAGGACUUUAUUAGUGGACAGAAUUCACUGGUGUUUUCUUAUGGAGUAACAUCUUCUGGAAAGACGUACACCAUUCAAGGCAACCCAGAGGAUGCAGGUAUCUUGCCUCGGUGCUUGGAUGUGAUAUUUAACUCUAUCAAUGGAAAGCAGAUGCUUGACAGCACACUGAAACCGUGCAUGUUUACAGAUGUUAUUCGAUUAAGUCCUGAGGAAGUGCAAGCUGAGAAGAAAAUGAAGCAGAAAACACUUAGAAUGAGCGUUGAUGACGACACGACAGUCAUGGCUCUGUUGGGAGAUGACAUGGAGUCUGUUCUCAGUGACACUACGACCAGUUCUACUGGCACUCCAGAAGACCCUCUGCUGGAUGUUGAAAACCGAGAACGAGAGGAAUUGAAAGUUGAUGUUGAAGACCAGGGAAAAAUCCGGUUCAGUGUAUGGGUCAGUUUUGCUGAAAUCUAUAAUGAGCAAGUGUUUGACCUGUUGGAGCCCAUGCCUCGGAAGAAGAAUGCACGCCGACAGGUUCUCAGAGUCAGUGAUGACAGAAAUGGAAAUCCAUACAUAAAGGGUUUGAAAGAAAUCCAUGUUGAGUCUGCUGAUGAGGCAUACCGGCUGCUUAUUAUUGGACAACGCAAUCUUCAGACAGCAUCAACUCGACUCAACCACUGCUCCUCAAGAAGUCACUGUAUAUUCAAUAUAAAGAUUGUGCGGGUUGCUGACAAGGAUGAUCCCCAUAUUGCCAGGGUCAGCAUGUUGUCCUUGUGUGACUUGGCUGGAUCUGAACGCUACUCUAAAACACAAGCGAGUGGUGACCGACUGAAAGAGGCUGGAAAUAUCAACACAUCUUUGAUGACUCUUGGUCGAUGCAUUGAAACCCUGAGACAAAACCAAAUGCACAAAGAUCAACACACACAGAAAAUGGUACCCUUCAGAGAUAGCAAGCUCACCAGGUUACUGCAAAAUUUCUUCAACGGUAGUGGCCGGGCAGCGAUGAUUGUCAAUGUCAGUCAAUGUUUGAGCAUGUUUGAUGACACUCUGCAUGUGUUCAAGUUCUCCGCGAUUGCAAAACAAGUCAAGCACAUUGAGAAACCGCCAAAACCCCCGAAACCGACCAAGAAAGCUGCCCUUCAAACGGCCCAACGAGCUUCCAUUGCUUGGGAAACUAAAGAAAUGUUGGAGUAUGAUCAUGACCUGGAAGAUGACAUUGUUGAAGAGGACGAGAGCGAGGCGUGUGAUGAUGGUGACGACUCAGAGCCUCAAAUGACUCUUCCGCAGAUGAAAUCUUACAUCAAGAAACUUGAAGCCAACAAUAAACGACUCGGGCAGAUUGUCAUGGAGGAAAUUGAAAAUUCAAGUAACGUUGAGUCCCGAGUCAGAGAAGAAGUGUCAAAAGCAAUGAUGCAGCAAGUUGUGGAAAUUGAAGAGACAUACAGUGCGUUGUUGAAGGAGUCAAGUGAAGAGUCUCAAGAAAUAUCGGAUGAAAGAGUGCGUGCCGUCAUGGAAGUUUAUGAGAAGAGACUGGAAAGAAUUCAACGGAAGGUUGAUGAGGACGAUGAAUGGGUGUCCAGCUUAUUGCUCCACCAGGAAGAGAUGAAAGUUAAGGAAAGAGAUGAAAAGAUUGCUGACCUAGAAAAACAGAUCGAUGAAUUGAAAACAUGUAAGGAGGAAGAUGCAAAACAGGGUGUGAAUGACUCAGUUGAUAUUGGCAACUCUGUGCUGGUUGAGACAUUAACGAAGCGUCUUGAAGAUGCCUCAGAGGCUUGCAAAGACAAGGAUGGUAAAAUUGAAGAACUGGAGUCUUUGCUCACUGAAGCUGGCGAGGUGUACAACCGUCACAUGGAGGAAAUUGCUGAGCUAAAGAAAACUCUUGGCAAGGAAAAGAAAAGAGAGGCUGAACAGGAAAAGAAUUCUGGAGCCUUGAAAGAGCAGUUGGAAGAGACCAAGGCAAAGUGUGAUAGUCUUGCGCAGACACUGACAGAAAAGGAAGACUUAACCCUUGCACAAGAAGAAGAGAUCUCUCAAAGGCUGAAGAGCAAGGAUGCCACAAUUGCAUCUCUAGAAGAAGAAUGUAAAGAACUACAAGGUGAAAUUGAGAGACUCCAAGAUCAGAUGAGUCAAAUUGAUGAGCAAAGCCGUCAUAACCUGGAGAUUUCAAGUUCGUCAGGGCGAAUGUCAAAGGAAUCUGCUAAGUCUGAUGCUCCAGGUCAGAGUGAGACUGGAGAGGAACAAGGAGAAAAUGAAGAAAAAAUGAAAUGUGACGAGGCUGAAAGUGCAGAAGGAGAAAAAGAAGCUUCAGAGAGUCAGAACUGUCUUUCUGCUGAGAGUAUGAAAACAGAAAUGGAUGCCCUCCGCCUACAGAUUACAGAAUAUGAAGAAAGUGACAAAGCCUUGAAAACAGAAUUGGAUAAGCUAAAGGAGCUGACGGAAGAGCAUAAAGGGCAGACAGAGGAAUACAAGUCUCAACUGGAGGAAUCAAAGAAUGAAGUCGACAGAUGCAAAGAAUUAGAAAAUAAGUUGAAAGGGGAACUUCAGAAUAUCCGAUACCAAGUGUCUGAGCAGGAACAGAAAGAGAAUCGGCUGAAUUCUGAAAUCGAGGAACUCAAGGCAAAGGUUGAGGUGCUUUGUGAACGAGAGAAGGAAUUAGGGUUGGAAGCAGAAAAACUUCGGGAUCUCAGUUCUGAGAUAGAAAGUUUGAAGGACCUUCUCAGUCACAGUGAAAAGAAAGAGCAGGAGUUAAAUGCUGAAAUUGAGAAGCUGCAGGAACAACUACUGGAACAAAACAAAGCAAAUGAAGACUUGUCAGGAACGGUUCAGGCUUUGGGAAAUCAGAUUUCUACCAUGGAGAAAAAGAGGCCUUACUCCAGUCCUUCCAAAACAUGUAUAACUGACAUAGUCAACCAAAUCGAACAGAAAAAUACGCCUGAAAUUAAAAAAGAAGUGGACAGCAUGAUUCAAGAUGAUGAGGAUGAGGAAAUUGUGUUUAGAUCAAAACCUGAACCAAUGACACAAACUGGACUUGAACAAGAAAACACAGAUCUUGCUGUCAAACUUAAAGAGACAGAGAUGGCCAAUGCUGCACUGCGUAGUAAGCUGAAACGAGAGGAGGAAGAUUUUUUCAAACGUGAGCAAGCUCUCAUUCAUGGCUAUACUGCUGAGAUUGAAAAUUUGAAAUUGGACCUUGCAAAAUAUAAGUGUAAAGUGGAAACCGUAGGAAAAUCUAAGUCUUUUAGAGGCAAGAGAAAAGCCACAACUGCUGUAGAUGUGAGUGUGUCCUCUGCCUUCUCUGAUUCCCUUUGUGUGGACUCUGAAAAUGAAGGUACCAAUGUUGCCUCUGUAAAAGCAAAUAGUUCUGAUGGUGGUUCAGAUGAUCGGUUGAAAAUUGCUUUGAUAUCAGAAGAACUGUCAACAGUCCAACAGCAAUUCCUCUCCCUUAGCUGUGCUUACAAGCAGCUCCAGGUGCUCUCCGCAAACAAGAAGGCUCGGUUGAGUAUUGCGUCAAUCAAAGGACAGAGCAAUCAGACCAAUUCUUUCAUUCAAGAUGUCAUAUUGGGUAAUCCAAAGAAAGGGCUGAACCAAACUAGUAUAUUUGCUCCUGAGGAAAAUGUCACAGACAGUGUUUUGACAUUUGAAAAUGAAGAAUUUGCCAUAAAACUGGAAGAGGUGAUGCUGAAACUCUCACAACAAGAGCAGGAGCUCAGGAACUCUGAGGAGGCCCUUAAGAUAGAAAAGAAGGCCAGAGAGGAUGCUGAAAACAAACUGACUCAGAUUGACAACAGCAAAGAGCAGUCUGGCAGGGAGCAUCAAGAUAUGGUUAUUCAGCUGAAGGAAACUUUAGAAUUGACCUUAGCAAAUAAGAAUGAACUUGAGACUCAGGUGAAAGCAACUGAGGAGAAGCUACAAACUCUUACGGAGCAAAUGGCUGUUGGUCAGGAGGCUCUGAAGACUGCAACAGAAGAGAGGGAUCAUCUGAAGGCAUCUGUAGAAAGGUUGAAGCAAGAGAUUCUUUCCAUUGAAGAGCAAAAAAAUCAGUCACAGGAAGUGAUGAACAGCGCAGAAGAGAAAAUGGGUGCUCUUAGUAGAGAAAUAGACAACUUGGAGGUGAAGGUGACAAGUGUGACUGACCAGUUAGCUGAAGCACAAGAACAAUGUAGUCGUAAAUGCCAAGAAAAUGAAGUCAUUUUAAAAGAGAAGGGUGAACUUCAGAGUAAGCUUGAAGCAGACAGCAAGGAUCUAGCUUCAUGCCGUGAAAGAUUGCAGGAGCUCGAACUGAAGCACACCAAUGACUCGGCUGCUGUGCAAAAAAUUAUGUCUGAGAAGGAUGAGCUGCAGAAACAGUUAACCCACAAAGAAGAACAGCUUAGUUCUAGAGAGAAGGAGUUGGAAACCAAAGAAGCCCAAUUUGCCUCUGAAUUAAAUGAUUUGAAGCAACAUGCCAACAAGGAAGAAUCUAUGGCUGAAGCAAUGACUUCACUGGAAGAAGAACUUGCUAACUUCAAAACAAUGUUGCAGAACAAAGUGAAGCAGCUUGAAGAGGUUGAAGAAAGGCAGCAGGAAGAGGCAGCAGAAUUUUCCCAGAAGUUACUGGCUUUGGAAAAAGAGAAAAAAGCUGCCGAAAGGAAACUUACCGAAGCAAAGGAGAGGGAGGAAGAAUUGGAAACUAAAUGUCGAGAGCUGGAUCGAUUGAACCAGCUCGAGCAACGUCUCUAUGAGGAGCACAAAAUGUCAGCAGACAAGGAGAAGAGACAAGAAGAUAAAGUGGAAGAAAUGAAGGCAGAACUGGCAAAGAAGAAUGCAGAGCUAGAGCAGCUGUGGAAUGACAUUAAUCAGAAGAAGGAAUUACAACGCAACUUUUCAGACCUGGAGAAGAACUUGGCACACGAGAAAGAAAGUCACAAAGAAGCUCAAAAUACCAUUGAGAAAAUGGUCAAAGAUCUGAAAACUCUGAAGGCUGAAAUGUUUGAUUCUGAGGAAACCAUGAGCCAGCAAGAAUCUAUCAUUCAAACUCAGGAUGACGAACUGCGGCGUCUUCAGUCAGAAAAAGAUGCUGGUAAAGCUGAGUUGGAGAGGCUCUCUCAAACUGUGCAUCAGAAAGGAGAGGAAAUAUCCCGUCUGCAGUCACAGAUUUCCAAACUGGAAGGAGAAGUCAGCUCCAUGCAUCAGAUAGAGAAUGAAACAAAGAAAUCAGAGGAACGAGAGAAAAUGUUCCAUGAAAAACUUCAGAAAUCAAACUCUGAGAAAAGUGAACUGGAAAGUAAAGUUGACCGCCUGGAGAAAGAAAAACAGCGAUUGCAGGAUGAUGUAGACAGUAGCUCAAAACGAAUUGAAAAAGAAAAAUGGGAAGUUGAAAAACUGGAAGAAAGGAUAAGGUUAGCAGACAAAAGAAAACAUGAAUUGGAGGACGAGAUGAGGGAAAUGAAAAGUAAACAAAAAUCUUUGGAGGAGGAAGUAGAGUCUGUGAACAAGAAACGUUUGGAGGAGUUAGAAGUCAAACGACAGGUGGAAACAGAACUGAAACACUUGCUGAAAUUGGAAAAACAGGAACAAGACGACCACACAAAGUUAAAAGACAGACUUGGAGAAGAGAAUGUAAAGUUACAAAAGGAAAACAUUCAGUUGAAGACAGACAUUGAAAAGAAGAACGAGGAGCUUGAGAAGUUAAAAAAGUCCAUUGAGGAGAAAACUGAAUCUGUACAGAAUCUUGAGAAGGAGCUUCAGAAGCAGGAGCGAACAAACAAAAGAAACAGAGAGGAAAUAGAGAAUUGGAAAAAGGAGCGUGAUUCAUGUGUGAGUAAACUGGAGCAGCUCAUCAGGAAGGGACAGCAGGACAACAAACAGCUGAGUCAGGAGGUUGAGCAAUUGAAGAAAGACAACGCUGACUUGGCCAAAAAUGUGAACAAUAUAACAAAUGCUAAAGACUCUGUGAUAGCUGAACUGAGGAAGUCCAACAAUACUCUUUCCAUCCAGCUUGCUCAAGUUCAGGGAAUAUCUCCCCCACCAAUGAUGGCUUCUCCUGAUACUGGCUAUCCCAAUCGUUUAGAGUUUGUGGAAGAAGAGGACAAAACAUCCUAUGUAGAAGUUGAUGCCACACCACCAGUUGCACUGAAGAAAUCUCGAAAGAGAAUGAACAAUGUUAAGCAAACAGUUGCCUCUUCAUCGGUGGAUCCUGAGACGCACAGUGGCACACCUCGCAAGUCCCUCCGCCCAAUUGAGGAGAAAAAUGAGGGUGAAGACAGCCCGCGUGGCUCUCUGUGCAUUAGCCCAUCCCGCAGCCCCAGUAAGAUUCCUGGCAAGGUGGCAAAGUUAGCUUCUGACGUUCUUGUUGGAAUGUCACCUCUUACCCGCUCAGGUGAAAAUAUAAGGAUUAUGCAAAAAAAUAAUUAUAAGUUGGAUACUUGGCUUUUUCGAAGACUCAAAACACAAAGCUUGAAAGCAAAAAAGAGUGAAGCAGAAGGCAAAACAAAAAAGAAGAAGACAAGCAUUCAAGCUCCUUUUGAGCCGGCUUCAUAUGUUGUGCCAGAUGAAUCUCAAAAUGAAAAUCUACAACCCUACUCGACUCGUCGAUCCUCUCGAUUGAGGAACAGAAAUAAGCAUUCGGUUGUGUGAGUGAUUUUUGAGUGUGCAGUCAGCUGUGUGAAUGGAGUACAUUUUUAUCCAAAGUUAAAUAUCAACUUCCUUUCAUUUGUAUAUGUACAAACAGCAAAUUUAUCACCAGCUACAAAAGAAACCCUUGAUAUGACAUAUAUAGAUGUUCUGUAAUGCUUUUUUUCUUAGGGUUUGGAAUAAUUUUAUUCUGUAUAUUUUUAUCUUAACUAUUGUGAACACUGCAGUGCCCUAUUAUUUGUGGCAGCAAAUAGUAUAAAUACUUUUAAUGACAAUCUAUACUCUCGUCAUCGUCGUUGAUUGCUCCAUAAUGUUGAAAAGCAUGAUGUUGGUCUUUGUAUUUUAUUUUGAUCCUUUGCCAAUUUACAGCAUCUAUCUAAUAUUGCUCCUAUUUAUAAUAUUCCUCCCUAUUUUUUAGCUGCCCCUUGACUCUCCUCUUACAGUCUUAGCUGGUCCCAUCUUCUUUCCUCUCCCCUUUGUAGUUUGCCCUUUCUACUUCUUUUUAGUGUUGCUAUUGUCCUAAUCUUUUUCAUAGAAAUUGUGGCUGUUGUUGUGUAGACUUAAUGCAUACCACAACUCAACUACUUACCUCAAGUAUAUUAUCUCUUUCCGGUGUGUCUUAUGGCUACGCUCUCAGUUUUCCUCCCCCACCCCCAUUUUAAAAAUAACUGUUCAUUCAAUCAGGCCUGUUUAUUGUUCAUCAUCAUAUCUCUGCCUCAAAUAUUCUCCUGCUCUGGUGUGGUUUGCUUCUCCUUUCCUAUGAAACAUCUAUCGUCCUUAUCUCCCAUUCUUCUUUUUUGUGUUUGUUACGCUCUUGUAACACCUCUAAUCUUCUGGCGCUCAUAUCACCUUAUGCAGUUGCAAGCGCCGUUAAAACCUCUGCUAAAACUAAAACAUUCUCCCUAGUUUCAUACACAUUCUCCCAUAACCACUGCUCAGCCUUUUUCAUACAUGUUAGCCUCCAUGUUUGACGUACUCACAUUUAACUGGAUACAGCACUUGUACCAGCAGUGAAUAAAGUUUUGCCUUUUUUCUGUGCUUUAGCUAGUAGUAUUAAUAUUGGGUUAGGAUUGCUUGACUCUAGCAGCCAGUUUGUUCCUCCAUUUUCAUUUGUUAUUAAUUUUCUGAAGCAGGUUACGUUUUGUAUUUCAGUCUGAUUCGCAUCUUUGUUAUAUUUAUCUUUUUUUACAUCCUUCAGAUAGCCAUUAAAAAAAAAAUAUUUUAAAAAAUCAUAGUCUCAAAGCACAUACUAAAAUAUCAAAUAUAUCAAAUUUGAUCAGUUUUUUUCGCCCCCUAGGCAAAUAAUGCCAGAUAAUGUUACAAAGCACUCCAUAGGAAAAUAAAUGGUUAGAAGAAGGUCUCACACUUUUCUCCUCUUUUUAAAAAAUGAAAUUUUUCUUCCUUUGUGAGAUCAAUUUUUGAAAUUUUACCUGUUCAGCUGUAAUGGACACCAAUUCAAUGUGAUUAGGAAUAUUUCAGCAGAAAUAUUGAUUGUUGAUUGCAUGUUGAUAUAUAUAAAUAUAAAUAUCAAGAGGUAAAAGACAGUACCCGUGGUGGUGGCUUGGACCUGAAGUAGACUUAGAAUCUCAGGUUAAUACAUUAGGGGAUAUUUAGCUUUAGCCAGUGGAAUUUUGGUUGCAUUGUACUUUUUCUUUUAGAAUCUUCAUAUAUCGUUUGUUUGUUUUCGUUUUAUUUUAAUCAAAGAUUUGUGACCUGGCCAAUCUCUGCAUUUGGCAUUAGUGCCAAAGUUUAGCACAGAUUCAAUCGCCUCGAAUUCUCAAUUUUGGAUCAAAUUUUACUUUGUCAUGUAGCUAGUGGAUAAUUAUUGUUUGUAGGCUUUUAAAUGAGUCAUUAUUUACUGAGCAAUGUCUGGUCUAAAGAAGUCUAUGAAACAAUGCUAUUUCACUCUAUUUCUCUGUACUUUUCUUUAGUCUUCCCUUCAGAAAUUCUGAUAAAUUGUGUAUUUUUUACUGACACUAUAAUAUUUUUUUGCUUUUAAACGUCUAUUGCUGUAAAUGUAUUUUUGGGCACCUUCGGUCUUGUACAAAGAUAUGAUUUGUAAUUAAACGGUUACUUCAUCAUA